AUGGAAUGUACACAUUUGUUAGAUAAUGUUAAAGUGGAUAAGGGUUUCAUCUUUCAAGACGACACUAUCACAAAGAACUUACAUUGUUCAGCAUGUUUAACGGCGGAGCAGAAUUGGCUGUGCUUGCACUGUGGAGUUGUAAAUUGUGGCCGAUACAUAAAUGGACAUGCCAGGGAACAUGCAGAAAUGUUCGACCAUCAGCUUUGUAUGAGCUGUGAUGUUUAUUCCGUUUACUGUUACAAAUGUGAUGACUAUGUAGUUAAUGAUUUGGCAAAUCAAGAGAUAGAAGAAAUAAGACAACGUAUAAUGCAUUUAAGAAGAGAUGAAAAUUGUCUAGAGGCAAACAGUAAAAUAGAUCAAAUUGAACAUAAUAGCAGAGAUAGUGAUAAUAUUAACGGUCAUAUUGUACACAACACCUCUAUGCAGAAUGAUAAACUUUUAUCAACGGACAGUAAAGAAGAGAACAGAAUUUCUCGUUUCACGUCAUCUAGCAGUUGUAGUGAUAGUCUUAGUGACCCUGUUGGAGUGAUAACAAAUUCAGUUUCUUUAUCUGAUUCUAAUGAAAAUAAGCCUAUGAAAUGUUCCAAGAAUUCAGAGGAACCUGUUAGGAGCUUAAGGCCACGAUCUCGUAAGCGAUCUCACUCAGAAGAUAGCAGUUCAGCUGAAAAUGCAGUGCAACCUUCUAAGAGCAAAGAGAAAAAAAUAUUACCAUGUAAUGGAAAAACUAUGAGAGAGAAAAGAGUAGUAGGAUUAAAAAAUUUAGGCAACACAUGUUUUAUGAAUGCUGUAUUGCAGAGUUUGAAUAAUAUACAAGAAUUUAGCUGUUAUUUUAACCAGCUACCGUCUUUAGAGAUGAAGACAAAUGGAAGGAAAGUGUAUCAUUCUAGAAGUUAUACACGUCAGGAGAUGCAUGAUGUUGUUAUGGCGGAGGAGCUUAGAAAAGUACUAAUAAAUCUAAACACAGGAGGUUGCGGUUCCAAGGGGGCAAUAUCACCAGAGUGCUUAUUCCUUGUCAUAUGGAAAGUUGUGCCAAGGUUUCGAGGUUAUCAACAACAGGAUGCUCAUGAGUUCUUGCGCUAUAUGUUAGACAGGUUGCACACAGAGUUACUGCAGCUACUGCCGCCAGACAGAUCUGAUGGUGGUUUUGUACCAAGGACACCUUCCGCCUCUAUAGUAACUGCUGUGUUUGGAGGCACGCUCCAGAGUGAAGUUCGUUGCUUGGUUUGUGGCACUGAGAGUAAAAAGUUUGAUCCAUUCUUGGAUCUUUCAUUGGAGUUACCUGAGGCAGGUCGACACGACUCGCCCGUCUCUCUGACGGAUUGCUUAGCAAGUUUCGUACAGGUUGAAGAGUUGGCAGAUACGGAAAGGUAUUUCUGCAGUAGUUGUAAAAGCAAACAGAAAUCAACCAAACAGUUUUGGAUACGGCGGCUACCCAAUGUUCUCUGUCUGCACCUGAAAAGAUUUCGAUGGCACAACUACUUUAGGACGAAGGUGGACACAAGCAUCUCGUUCCCGCUGCGCGCGCUCGACAUGGCGCGCUUCGUGCCGCACGCAGACUCGCACCCCGCCGGCCCCUCCCCCGCGCGCCACGCGCCCCCCGCGCCCGCCUCGCCCGACGCGCAUCUCUACGACCUGGCCGCCGUCAUCGUGCACCACGGCUCCGGAGCCGGUUCUGGUCAUUACACUGCGUUCGCGAUUAACGAGGAUCAGUGGUUUCACUUCAACGAUCAAACAGUGCGGGCCAGUGACGCCUCAGCAGUGGCCUCGUGCAAGCCGUACAUUCUGUUCUACAUCCGACGCGAACUAGCUUUACCAACGUCGUGA